GAGAAAUAGAAUGAGGCACCAUAAAGAGCUGCAGUUGGCAAAUUCCCUACUUUGCCUCAGACUCCAGCCAUGAACUGAAGGGAAGGAUAUCUCCAGCACCUAACACUCCUCCCUGUCUCUAUAUUUGGGACACGUCCUUGGAUUUUGUUCUCUUGGCAUUCUGGCUUCUCAGAAUUCCUUAUGGCUUUGCAUCAUUGUGUUCUCUCCUUCAAUUUCAUUUUGAAAUACCAGCUGAAAGGAGAAUCAGCUUAACAUUCCAGGACAGUCAUUGGUGUCCAGAGGUGUGAGAGGUAUGUCUCUGGUUGCUGAUUUCUGAAACUCAGACGGAGAAAUAAAAAGCCAACUGCAACGCUGCUCUCAGAUAAGGACGAACCUGUGCCACCAUGUCUUCCAUUCUGGAAAGAAUAAGAGCAGGCCCCUCUCCUUCACUUCUAUAUCUGUUGAUUGGAUUCAUCUUGAUAUGUGCACUGUUGAAAGCCCUUCAACUGUACUGGAGGAAAAAGAAGCUGCUCAGAAACUUUAAAAGCUUCCCAGGACCUCCAAGCCACUGGUUUUUUGGCAACAACAAGCAGGUCAGUAAAGGAAAUGAAUUCAAUAAAAGCCUGGAAUGGGCAGAAAAAUAUCCUUAUGCCUUUACUAGAUGGUUUGGUGGCUUUUCAGCUGUUUUAAUUGUCUCUCACCCGGACUAUGCCAAAGCUAUAUUUGGUCGUGGAGAUCCCAAGUCUAUGGUCACCUAUAAGUUCUUGCUCCCCUGGAUUGGGAAAGGACUUCUCAUCCUACAUGGACCGAAGUGGUUUCAGCACCGACGCCUCUUAACUCCAGGGUUCCAUUAUGAUAUUUUGAAACCAUAUAUAGCCCUGAUGGCAGAUUCAGUGAAAAGCAUGCUGGAUAAAUGGGAGAAGCUCAUUGUCAAGGAUGACAUGAAGUCUCUGGAGAUGUUUGAACACGUCAGCUUGAUGACUCUAGACAGCAUCAUGAAAUGUGCCUUCAGUUCCCAGAGCAGCAGUCAGACUUCCAGAGAAUUGAAUAUUUACAUCAAAGCUAUUUAUGACCUGACUUAUCUGGUGGCUGAGAGAGUACGUAACGUCUUGUACCGGAGCGAGCUCAUUUAUCCAUUCACUUCAGCUGGACGCCAGUUCCAGAAAGCUUGCAAACUUGCUCACAAACAUACAGAAAAAGUCAUAGAAGAAAGAAAAAUAUUAUUCAAGGAGGAAGGAGAGCUCAAAAAAAUCCAGAAGAAGCGACACUUAGAUUUUUUGGAUAUUCUUCUUUCAGCCAAGGGAGAAAAUGGAGUCGAGUUAUCUAAAGAAGAUCUGCGUGCUGAGGUGGACACAUUCAUGUUUGAAGGCCAUGACACCACAGCAAGUGGGAUUGCCUGGAUGUUACAUGCAAUGGCCCAGAACCCAGAACACCAACAGCGAUGCAGGGAGGAGAUAAAGGAAAUGAUGGGGGAUCGUGACACAGUUCAGUGGGAUGACCUCGGAAAGAUGCCUUACACCACCAUGUGUAUAAAAGAGUGCCUCCGCCUUUACCCUCCCGUCCCUGUAGUGUCUCGACAACUUAGCAAACCCAUAACCUUUUGUGAUGGACGCAUUUUGCCUGAAGAUGCAGUCAUCUCAAUUAGCAUUUAUAAUAUCCACCGAAAUCCAAGCAUAUGGGAAGACCCAGAGGUAUUUGACCCCACACGAUUCUCACCAGAGAGGUCAUCACAUAGACAUUCCCAUGCUUUUGUGCCUUUUGCUGCUGGACCAAGGAAUUGCAUCGGACAGCAGUUUGCCAUGAAUGAGAUGAAAGUAGCCCUUGCUCAGAUCCUGCUCCGCUUUGAAAUCUUGCCAGAUCCAGCAAACAUUCCUAUUCCAAUCCCUCAGAUUGUCUUGAAGUCUGCAAAUGGGAUACACCUGUUUCUAAAAAAACUCAACUGACUUAGGACUGUAUCACACAAGGAUUGUGAAGCUAUAUUACUGUGAGAUAAUGGUGUCAUUACUCACUCACUGCACAAUGCAGUGCUGGUUCUUGUAGCUGUUCUCAUAUUCCACCCAUUCCUCUCAAUCAUUCUUCUUUUCCACAGUGGAUUUACAUGCAAAAAGUUUCCUUCACUGCAGUUCUGUUCUCAGGAUGCAGUGGGUGUGAUUUUUGAGUUUUGCUGCCCUCCCUCCCUCCCUCCCUUCUCCUCCUCUCCUCUCCUCUCCCCUCCCUUCCCUCCCCUUCCCUCUGGAGAGGAAGGACUCCCAUUCCUUCAGGGAAGGUGGCCUCAUGAGGAAGAACUCUCACUGCUUCUUUGGUGGAGCGCAACUGGCUUUGUCACCCCCCCCCCCCAAAGAAAUGAUGGGAUUUUUCUUCACAAGGAGGAACUCAAAUUGUUUCUUUGGAUGAAUGUAGCUAACUUCUUUUCACCUCCCAAAGAAGUGACAACAUUCCUACCUCACAAGGAAGAAUUAACUUGCUUCUUUGGAAGGGCACAGCUGAUUUCCUCACCUUACACUCACAAGAAAUUAGUAUUUUUCCUGGGGGGGGGGAUUUCUUCUUCAUGCAUCAGCCUUACAGUUGUCUUACUAUAAAGUGCCCCCCCCCACCCACACACACACACCAAACACCCCCAAAUCAUUUUAUUGUUUUUAACUCCUCUGGCAAGCCUGAGCUCAUUCUGAAUUUCUCCCUACAUGUUUCCUUUGGUGAUUUUCAUCUUUUCUCUCUUUUUUUGGUUAAUGUUCAUUUUAAAUCAUAGCUCAGUUGGAAGUUCCUUAGUUAUCCGCCCUAGUUAGUUUAGGCUGGAUCUACAUUGCCCUAUAUCUAAUAAUCUAAUCCCAAAUUAUUUACUUUAAAUUGGAUUAUAUGGGUCUGCACUGCUGGAUAAUCUGGGAUAAACAGAUAAUCUGGGAUCAGAUUCUGGGAUAUAGGACAGCUGGGCAGUGUAGAUCCAGCCUUAGACACCUCCCAUUUUUCCAUCUAAUUGAAAUUGGUUGAAAAUAUGUCUUCAAUAUGUCACUGCUUAGAAACUCCUAUUCAUCAUGAAUCUUUUUGGUAUUCCUGACCUCAGGAUUAUAUCCAGUAUUUUUAUAAGUUUAUUGAAACCUUCUCUCAUAAGAUAUAGAAUGUGUGUCUAACUAUGCUUAUCUUAUUCUUUCUGUUGUAUAACAAACUCCAGGAGAACAUGCCCACUCAUACCCAAGGAUCCUAGCAUUUUCACUCCAUUAACAAAGUCAUCACUGUUGCUUAGAAUUGGACUGAAACAGCGGAUCACCUUGUUUCAUCUUUCACCUUUUGGACAAUGAAAUUUUCUGAAAUACAGUGGAGGUUAUAUUCUUGGCAGAGUUCCAUUUGUAACAAAUAAUAUCAGAAUAGUUAAAAUCUUCCAAUUCUCUUUUCCAGUGGGGUGAUCUGUUGCAAUAAGGCAGAUCUGCACAAUCUGCAGCCUUCCAGGUGUUUUGGACUUCAGCUCCCAGAAUUCUUGAGUAUUGGAAUAGCUGACUAGGGCUUCUGGGAGUCAGAGGCCCAAAUACCUGGAGAGUUGCAGGUUGUGCAGGUCUGCAAUAAGUCCUCAGUCUAGCUUGUGGGUCUGUGGUUUGCCUCCACAAUCACAUGCCUGUCAUUUCUCACCCUUUUAAUAUGUAUCCAGGUGCUCUCAACCUAGCUUCCAGGAUUUAAGUCAUGCAUUUUUUUCACAAGUGAAAACAUUAUUGACUUAUAAUACUGCUACUCUCUUUUUCAGAUUGGUCUAUUUCUCAGAAAUAGAUUAUAGGUUUAUUAUAUCAUAUUUGCUUUGUUGUAUUAAGCAUUUAUCUUGUUUAUUUCCUAUGCUCUGUACAUUACUUACAUCUGACAUCCCAUGAUCGUGUUGCAUUAUUUUCUCAGGAGUCUUUUAAACUAAGUUAUGUAGGCGAGAGGUUGAUCGGGUGUUGGAAAUCAUAGCCAGCUUAUAGAGAGACAAAACAAAAACAUCCCUGCCAGCCACAAAAAGGUGUGUAACCCAUUGCUUGCUUGAAGACCAUCUUCACAAAACUGGAGAACAUGGCCCAAGAAAUCAGAUCAUCCCUGGUGACAUCAUCUGCUGAGCCAAUUGUUCACCUCCACUAUUAUUCUCUCUCUUCCGGAGUCAUGUCCUUCAACUAGGAGGAGAGAUGAAAUGGCAACCUGUGAAUCAAGGCUCUCCACCUUCAAAUCCAGGACCUUGUAAUCCCCUGUGAUAAUCUGAAGGCUAUGUCUUGCAAUGCCACUUGUUUCCCACAUGGACCAAAAGGAAGGACUGUUUCAUAGGCAUUUAUGUUGUUCUAGAUGAACUUACAUUGUGAAUGAUUGGGAGCUCAGCUGGACCUUACUCUUCUGGAAUAUUGUUUAAUUAUUAUCUUUGUAAAGGACAGGGGCCAUUUUCUGGUGUAGCUGUGUAGAUCAUAUAGCAAAAUAAAUAAUAAUCCAAAAUCCAUACUACUUUUAUUGGCCAACUAAAGUGCACACAAAAUAUUAUGCAAGCUUUCAAAGCUCCACUGGCCUCUUCAUCAAAUGUUAACCCAGUGAGUUUAACUUUAAAGAGUAAAAUAAAUUUUACUUAGUAGAGGUUGAAUGAAAUGAUUCUACAAAAUGAUGCAAUCAUUAAGAGCUCUAAAAUAUAUUGAAAGAAUUUUGGAAGAUAAACAAAGGCACUGAGAUCAGAGUGGUAUGGGAUGCUAGAAAAGUAUUCAUGUGAAGAUAUUUUAUAUAGCAAGAUCAGAGCUAAAGAAAAAAGGUAAAACAGAUGUAAUGAAUGAAUCAGAUUAAAAUAUUACAAUCACAACUUUCUCUGCUGAUUGUUAGCAAGAUUGAAACAAAGAUGUAUUAUGUGCAACUUAAGACUUUUGAUUAUGAAUUUACCAAGUUAGGAAAAUAGCUGGUAUGUGAACUGAGAAAAAAAGGAGAGAGAAAACUGAAAUUUCAGGAGGAGAAAGAAACAAUUACAUUUUUGAAUUUGUAUUAUUUUAUUGUGUAUAUAAGAAAUAGAACAAUCAGAAAAGAAAAGAGAAAAAAGAAAAAAGAGGAGAAAAAUAUAUACAAAAGAAUAAACAGGUUUACAAAACAAUAUAGAGCAAACACUCAUUAAACAUGUGAAAAAUCA